CAGCCUCAAACUACCUUGCAUUUGAGCUGCACCACAAGUUCUCAAUCUCACCGAAAUGGCGAGCAUACGCAGCAGCCUGCAAUUACGAGGUUUCUUCCACGCCUACCCGCUGCCGGUGAUCGGCCCAAGAGUCCUCAGUUUGCGGCAGUCGCGCGCCGAAAUUUUGUAUGGCCGAAUUCGCUGCGCCGCUUCGGAAUCAAGCGAUGGAGGUCAAAAGGUGUCUGCUCGCCUCUCCAUGAUGCAGCAGGUUUUGCAGGAAGCCGAGGAGCGAGCUCGCUACGCCGGCUCCGAGAAGACACCGAAGGUAACCCUAGAUCAUGUCACUGUUAAUUUCGCGAGAAGUGGCGGGCCUGGUGGUCAGAAUGUCAAUAAAGUGAACACUAAGGUCGACAUGCGUUUCAAUGUAAAGAACGCUCAUUGGUUAGGUGAAAGAAUCAGGGAGAAAAUACUCCAAAUGGAAAAGAAUCGUAUUAAUAAGGACGGGGAUCUUGUUAUUUCUUCAACCAAAACAAGAACACAGAAGGGUAAUAUUGAAGAUGCUCUGGCGAAACUGCAGGAAAUUAUUGAUUCUGCAUCUUAUGUCCCACCGCCCCCAUCAGAGGAGCAAAAGAAACGGAUACAAAAACUUGCUGCCAUAGAAGAGCAGAAGAGGAUGCAAACCAAAAGGGCUCUUUCACAGAAGAAGGCAAUUAGGAGGACCAAAGAUAGCUGGGAUUGACUGGAAGGGUAUUUCGUUACUCCAUAAAGUCCACCAAUGGUAGCGAACAGGGGGCGAUUGACGUUGGUUGAUGGUGCCUGACGGCUACGAAGGUUUGGAGUUAUCACCAGUCUUCAAUCAAGAAAAACAGUAGAAAAGAGCUCCUUUAAUCAUUCAUUUCUCAUUCCUUCAACUCAAGAGAGGGGUCCAUUCAUAUAAUUCAACGGAAGGGCAAGAAGGGUCUCCUGCGUCGGGUGAGAAGAAUUCUUAA